AUGAUAGAAGCCGAUACGUUCGUAAUUAGGCACCACCGACCGAUCAUGGAACCACUUGAUACCCUCAUCCAGCGAUGGUUAGAAUGGGAUCAGGAUCCCUCCACUCGCAAGGAGAUGGAGCAACUCCGAGUAGACAAUGAUGAAGCCGCUCUUGAAAAGCGGCUCCGGGACCGCAUCCAAUUUGGCACAGCUGGACUACGAGGCCGGAUGCAGGCUGGCUUCUCAUGCAUGAACUCGCUUACUGUCAUCCAGGCAUCUCAGGGAUUAGCCAAGUUUGUCAAAGCAACCCAUCAAGGCACAGAACAGCCGUCAGUUGUAAUAGGGCGUGAUGCACGACAUAACUCUAGGAAAUUCGCCUUUCUUGCUGCCAAUGCCUUUGAAACCGAGGGUAUACACGUAUGGUGGUACGACAAUGUUAAUCCAACUCCUUUUGUGCCUUUUGCCAUUUUAUUGAAGAAGGCAAAUGCCGGAGUAAUGGUCACGGCUAGCCAUAACCCGGCACAGGAUAACGUUGACGGCCAGAUUGCGGACUCAAUCAAGCUUAACUUGGUUCCGUGGCCCAAUGCCUGGCGGGGGAUUGAUGGGCCCCAAAUCCGAGAGUCAAAAUUGCAUACAGAGGUCUCAACCCUCUAUUGUGAUGAUGUGACUCGAUUUGCCAUAUCGACUGUAGAUACUUGGCGGCAGCCCAGCCAGUUUGUUUAUACGCCGAUGCACGGAGUUGGCCAUGCUACCAUGUCUAAACUUUGUGAUUCAUUGAAGAUUAAAGGGAUAAUAACAGUACCCGAGCAGGAGCAUCCGGAUCCUGACUUCUCAACCGUUAAAUUCCCAAAUCCGGAGGAAAAUGGCGCUUUGGACCUUGCCAUGAAAACCGCGGAUAAGUCUGGUGUAACUCUUAUCAUUGCUAAUGAUCCCGAUGCAGAUCGAUUUGCCGCUGCUCAGAAGGUCAAUGGUUCCUGGUUUAGGUUCACAGGUGAUCAGCUAGGGGUUCUCCUUGCAUCGCAUCUCCUAGAUUCAUGGAAAAAUAAAAAGAUAAGAAAACCCAUGGCUAUGUUAAGCUCUACAGUUUCUUCUAGCAUGUUAUCCAAAAUGGCAGAGAAAGAAGGCUUUCAUUUUGAGGAGACUUUGACUGGCUUUAAGUGGAUGGGCAAUGUCGCGCGGCAGCUCGAAAACCAAGGAUACGAGGUGCCGUUUGCAUUUGAAGAGGCCCUGGGGUACAUGUUCACCAAAGUUUGCUAUGAUAAGGAUGGGCUCACGGCCGCCAUGGUAUUUUUAGCUGCUGAAGCAAAAUGGAAAGAGCAGGGCCUUACUCCAUUCGGGAAGCUCGAACAGCUCUACGAAACGUAUGGAUAUCAUGAAAACCUCAACACCUACUUCGUCUCACCAGAUACGAAAACCACGACGUCUCUUUUCGAAAGUAUCCGCAAAAACACACUUGACUCUAAUAGUACGAUAGGAUCAUUCCCUAUUCAUAGAUGGAGGGAUAUGACGAGAGGUCAUGAUACAGAUACUACUGAUAAACGGCCAGUGCUACCCGUUGAUCCCGCUAGUCAGAUGCUCACUAUAUGGUCCCAUCGAGGCGUUCGAUUUACCAUUCGAGGCUCAGGUACAGAGCCGAAAGUUAAGAUUUAUAUUGAGAGCUGUGGUGCUUCUCGCAAAGAUGCAAUCGAUGCAGUUUGUGAUAUGUUGACAGCCGUCCUAGGAAGUUGGAUUAAACCAUAUGCUCCAACAAUGACCUACUUCACUAGCAUGGCAACUUCAUCCGGUCAUAUUUUCAAGUUUGAUUAA